AGGUCAAAGUACAUUUGAGUUGGAAGUCUGCAUUUUCUUACUAGUCUGCUUAAAUGUCAAAAUAUGUGACCGUGGUUUUGAUUUUUGAGUGCGUUUAAGUAUAUCUGCUUUUUGUAAAAACAAUAAUAUUUCUAAAAUUGUUUAUUUUUAAUCGCCAAAAACUAGACACUUCCGUGUGUUCCCACACACAGUAAAGAAAACCGGGUGUGUCCAGUUUAUUUUUACUGACCAGUCAAAGGUAAAACUACCUCAACGAGGCAACAGGGCCCUUCAUUUGUGACCAUGGCGUCCCGUGGGACAGGGGCUCCCACGUUUUCACCUGAGGGCCAGGUAGAUGGUGGCGGGACCCUCACAGAACCAACCAAUAACCCAACUGUUGGAACAGCUGACACCCAGAAGCCCACUGAUGUCGAUGACUUGGCAGAGCUGAAAAGCGAUGGAGUCAAAGUGUGCCAGUUUUUCCAAAGUGGAAAAUGUCGCUUUGGCCACAAAUGUCGCUCCUUCCACAGUGAACCCCCACUCCACGUUUCAGCACCCAUGUCCCCUGAAAUCGAUGACAAACAGAAUGAACAAAAAACGGAAAAGCUCAAGAAGAAAAAAGGGGCAAAGCAGAAAAACAGUGAAGAAGUUGAGGUGACCAAAAAGCCACGUAUGCGCACAGCAGAUGACGUGAUUUCUCGCAUUUUGUGGGACUCGUCAGUGGAUGCAUCGGAGUUUGUUGUGGGGUAUGUGGAUCGCUUCCUUGGGGUCCUGGAGCGUCCUUUCUGUGACUUCAACUGGGACGCCAACCCCUGUGACUGCGAUUACUCAGUUGAGCUGGCCUUGCCGAGACACAGGAUCCAGUACUUCAGCUACAGAGGGAAACGCGUCUGGGACCGCCACAGCAGGACCGACAGGGUCUUUGGCUCCACAGGUCAAUCUUUGGCUCCCCCCUUUGGAAAAGAAGAGGAAGUAAACGCUGAAGAAAGCCCGGACCACCAAGAACAACCACAAGACAGUUGCGAAGCCGAACAGGAGCAGCCAACGACUGGCAGUGGACAGGACGAAAGAAAAACAGAAGACGGUGAUCAUAUGAGGAGCACUGAUGUGGAGGAGCUGAAUGAGAGGAUUUCCAGCCUCGUGUCCACACACUGUGAGGAAAACACUUCCCGAGGAGAGCAGGCGUGUCCUGGAACAUGUGCUGUUGAGGAUGCUCCAAACGGAAUCCAGGCUUUAAAAGAGCAGCAGCCGUCAAAAGGAGAAAAAGAAGAAGAAGAGGGUCAGGAGACCAAUUUGGAAGAGUGGGCGGAAAGUUGGGAAUGCAAAGAAGACGCUCAGAGUUAUCCAAGAAAUUUUUAUAUGAGCAAAGGCGCACCAUCGCCUCUAGAGCAGAGGGUGGAGAAGGGUGGCGUGCGCCCACCUAAAAAACGACCCACCCACUUCAUUUGCUUCCGAGCCAACACUCCCGCCGUCCUCUCCUGUUUCCAGCAGCUGCGGGAGGAGCUCGUUGCCCUUUUACCCUCCUCCGCCCCUCACUGGCAGGCCGCGUCCACGCUUCACGUUACCCUCUGCCUCCUCAACCUGCACAGCCCGGCUGAGGUGGAAUCUGCCAAGGAGAUUCUCCGCCACUUUUCCCGUCUGGAUCGCAACCCGCCUGUUGCUGUGACCUUUCCAGUGAAGCUGAAGGAUUUCAACGGGCGAGUGCUGUACCUGAGCCCCCAGCCCCAGCUGCACCUGCAGCAGCUGAACGGCGGUCUGCAGGAGGCGUACAGGCAGAAGGGCUGGCUCCACAGGGACUCCUACAACCCACGGUACCAUCUCACUCUGGCCAAGUUUCACGACGUCAAGCGGGAGAGGAUUUUUGACGGGGUGGGGGACCUGAAGGCAGGGAAGGGUUUGAACUUUGGCCGUCUGCCUGUGAACACCUUACACCUGUGUGCCAUGAGCACCUCUGAAGCUGAUGGUUUUUAUGACACCCUGUGCACAGUGACCCUUCGAUAAUCACGCACAGAUAUUGCAAGUGACGCACAUGCUGACACCGAAUGCUGGUUUACAAUCUAAGGUUUUACUAAUGACCUUAUUUAUGGUUUUAAUUGCCUUUACCUUAAAAGUUUAUGUAGUUUCAUAAAAUCGCCCUGUAAGCAAUCUAAAGUGGUAUCUUGAUUGGACUGGGCUUUUAUUUAGAUUUUAAAGGGUAUAAUCCUUUUAUUGCUUUUUAAAUGCAUUUUAGACUUUUAUUAAAACAAAUUAAAUUAAAAAGCUUUGUCCAACCUUAAAGGCCGACUCCAA